AAAAUUACUAAACAUUGGCACGUGCCUCCUGCGUGACUAGCUAGCUCAAGAAGGGUACCGAGAAAUAAUUUCCUCUACUCCAAAACCCUAACCUAGCCGAAAUCGACCUGGUUCCGUGAGAGAUCUACGCUUUGUUUCGGCCUUCUCAGAAAUGGCGAAGUCGAAGAACCACACGGCUCACAACCAGUCCUACAAGGCCCAUAAGAACGGGAUCAAGAAGCCCCGGAGGCACAGGCAAACUUCCACCAAGGGGAUGGAUCCGAAGUUUCUGAGGAACCAAAGGUACGCGAGGAAGCACAACAAGAAUAACGGAGCGUCGGGCUCUGAAGCUGAGGAGUAGAGCAUGGAAUAUAAGAUGGGGUUUCUUUUAGAAUUGUCGCAAACUAGAGUUUUGUUCUAAUUGCACCUCCGUAUUGACUCGCGAAUUCUUCUGAAAAUUGCGUAUGCUAACGUUUUAUUUCAACUUGAUAUGCACUAGCAGCUGAUACUGGGAACUUGUUUCAGCAAUUAUUUUUGUUAAAGUUUAGUUACAUAUUGAGUCUUUUUACUGUGCCAA